UGUAGCGGAGAUCGAUCAGAGCCUUUGAUCCUUAGACUUUCUCGAUGGAGAUUCCCAUCCAAGAUCUACCAGACAGUGCGGCAUCAAGAAAGAACACCAAGCAUCCUCACCCAUCGAUGGUAGUAAAACUCUCGUUCUCACAAUCGUAGCCGGUUAAUCAGUCAAAUCGCACGUGCUGCUCGCUGAAGACGCUCGUCAACUUUCCGAUCGCUAAACGAAGUGCUCGAGGUGAAGAGACGACAUGAAAAAUUGAUUAACAUUCUUCCGAGAUAUUUUUUUUUACGUUUUCGAUUUUCGAAAAUGCGUGAGUGUGGUGAUAGGAUCAGGAGGGAAAGAGCAUCCCCUUCGAGUCCUCGUCUGGUGCUGCGACGUGUUCUGGUGCUUUCCGAGGGUAGACAGUUCAGGGAGGCAGCGCAGGCCUUGCAGAAAUUGGGGGCUAGUAGCAUAGCGGCUGUGGCGGCUGAUCUGCCCCUGGAUUUGCUUGUUGAGGGGUUGCCGCAUUCCGCGCAGCUUUUGGAGACGCUAUUCAACAAAUUGAUAGCGUCAGGCCAAAGACCCAACAUCAACGCUGAGCAAGUAGUAUGGCAGUUGGUCAGAUUAUUUGCUUCUCUUGACGAUCCAACAUUGAAGACGAAGGUUUUCAGACUGGCGAAGGCUCUUUUCGAUUAUCAGCCAGAUUUCCACAGACUACUCACACAAAGGAGAAAAUCUUUGGACCAAGCCAUACAAGGAUUGGGAUGUCAUGGAUUGAUGCAAGAAGCCAGUGGCUUGACCCACCUCCAUGUUGCUCUCAAGAACGAACUUUCCCGUCAUAUAGACGCCUACAAGACAGCUCUACAUCGUUUAGAUGAACUGCAUCUUGUUACUUCAGACUCUAAAAAACCAGUGGACGCUUCACACCAAAGACUCUUAAAUUUACACCACCACGACGUACAGCAGAGACUGAUCGACAAUAAGACAAUUUUGACCAUUCUAGACAAACAAGCACUGCAACAACUAAGACCACUUAUAGAUACUUUAGCUACAAGAGUACAGAACGACAAGGAAGCUUUAUUUUGUAUAUCACAAAUCAAAAAAUUACAUCCGGUGGAUGAGCAGAUUCCUGUCGCGAAACUCUUGAUGUCUUUUUCCAAGGGUUGUGGAGCUGUUCUUGACUUGAUGCAAACUUCAGAAAGUCCAUGCAGUAGCGAGGGAUACCAUUCAGAACCUGAAAGCGAAUGUGAUACUGGGAGAGAUGCAGUUGAAAGAUAUGCUGCCCUUUAUUACCAAAGCCGGCCCAGAGCUCUGGAAGCUCUGGAUUCCCUUCCAGAUUUGAUGCACGCCACGCAGUUGAAGUCGAAAAUACUCUUUUCAGUCGUUGUUUUGGCAUUCCGAACAUGCAAAUCCAUCCGAGAGCAGAAGAUCAGAGAAGUGUUCCACGUCUUGCAAGUGGACCAUCCGAGGAUCGCGCCAGCUCAAUCUUUGAGAGAGGAGACUAUGCGAUAUCUUUCGGCUUCCAGUGACACUUUUCCACUCGAUGAUGCGGAAAAUCAGGUUCGCUCCCUCGUCUGCGACACCUUGAGGGAGUAUAAAUGUUUGGAGGAGAGCACGGCUUUGAAGGGAUAUGUUAGAGAGGUCACCAGAGUAGCCUGGUAUCUAGUUAACCAGGUACCACCAUACGAACUAGACACGGACUUUCAAACGCCUGUUCGUAUGCAAUCCAACAAACACCAACGGCAUCAUUCGGCGGAUCGUACUUCAGAUAUGGUACGCUCUUAUCUGUGGCCUGGAUUGAAUCUUCAGAAUGUUUGUGUAUACAAGGCAGUGGUCGUUACCGGAAAUGUAUAAAUGAAUAAAUAAAAUUGUAUAGAUAAGUGUACUUUAUGAUUGUAUAUAAGUGACAUAAUUCCCUUGAAUAAGUUUAGGAUUUUCGAAAUUGUGAUCAAAAUUUUAAGUAUAAACUUAAGUAGCUUUUAGUCAUAUUUGUAUUUUCUUGAAGAGAAACAUAUAAUUCUGUAAUUUAGCGAUAGGUUUUUUAUUUAAUGAGUUAUGACUGCAUCAAUGUUAUAUGUUCAUACCUAUCAAUUGGAAUAUGGUAUUUCAUGAAUCAUCUCUCCUAUGAUUGAUGAGGAAACCGUAUUGUUUCAGAAACUUGUGAAAAUUUAUCAUAUCUUAUUUAUGAAUUUAAUAAAUGUGAACUGUUUACAUACUAUGUAUUUUUAUAAAUAAAGUUUUCUGAACCGAA